UCGUACUUCCUGAAACAUGACAGGCCAUAGCACUCACUGGAAAUUAUUUAAGUUUCUCAAAGUGCUGCUGUUUAGUGCCAUAUUUUCGAUUACAGUUUUGUUCCUUGUUGCCACAGAUAGGACGUUUACAUUUGAUGUGGACGCGGGGCUUCAGCUGGGAAAAUGGGAAAAUACAACAACCAUUUCUCUUCAUUUAAGUCCGCAACAGAGGAAGAAUCUGCUGGCAAAUUUCAAAGCGGCCAUACAGAUUCCCAUGGUGUCAUUUACUGAGACAAAUGUGAACACGAGCGUGCUGCACGAGUUUGAUGGGCUGCUGAGGAGGGGACGCUGUCAUAAGUGGCCUGGAUGGACCUGCUGCCCUAAUAGGUAUCAGUGAGAAGGGUCAGGCCACAGUAAAGCUGAGUGUCAGCAGCACUCCAGGACAUUCAUCCAUUCCGCCCAGAGAGAGCAGCAUUGGCAUCUUGGCUUCAGCCACAACAAGAUAUGCAGAAACCCCUAAAACACUUUAUUAUUGUAAAACAAUUGGAAAUACUGAAAAAUUGAUCUUUUUAUUUGAAGUUUUUGUGUUUUAUUUAUUGCUAUCAAGUUAUUCUCAAAACAGUGUUAAACUGAGCUAAAGACUUUUAGCUAAGAUGAUGUUUUCGGUAACAUCUUUUCUCAGAUUGGAGGAAAAUCGGAUGCCCAGACUGUUUGGAUAUGGUCCUGAGCGUGGCACAUUUGAACACCUGGCACAUAAGUUUGGCCUUCCUCUCAGAUUCAUCACGUCUAAUUUGUGGCUCUUCUUUCCGCUUCUAAGCAGGGUGUUGGAGAAAAAGCCUGACACAAAUGCCUUUGUGAGGACCACAACUGCCGUCACAAUGUUUAACUCGGGUGUGAAGAUUAACGUAAUCCCGUCAUACGCUGAAGCUUUUGUCAAUUUCCGUAUCCACUCAGCCCAAACGCUGCAGGAGGUUAUGGAUUUGGUCAAGUCAACCAUAUCAGAUGAGCGUGUGAAGGUAGAGAUGGUCGAUGGAUUCGACCCACUGCCCAUCAGCUCCUAUGAUGAGCAGGCUUUUGGGUUCCAGGUCAUAAAGAAAACAGUGCAGGUCAUGUUUCCUCAGCUCACAGUGGCCCCUGGUAUCUGUGUUGGCAACACUGACAGCCGGCACUACAAGGACAUCACCCGAGACAUAUAUCGCUUUGCACCAACGUGGUUCAAACCAGGUGAUCCUCAGAGGUUCCACGGUGUGAACGAGAGAAUCUCCAUUAAGAACUAUGAAGAGAUCGUGCUGUUCUACUUCCAGCUCAUCCAGAAUAAUGACAUCAGGAAGUUGCCGCCACCUCACAGUAGCCAGCAUGAGCUGUAAAUGGUGAGAUGUUACUUGCACUAAUCUCAAGACACUGAAGGUUAAGAAACUAAGCUAAGGGAGCUUUGUUUUAACAGAUAUGAAUUGAAUAUCUGGAUAAAAUUAAUACAGCAGCUUUAGAAAAAAAACUA